GGCGGAGGAAACUCCUCCCUCGUUACGCCGCUUCCUUCUCCGGCUUUUCUCGGCCUCCGCCUCUCUCCCGCCCGGACCAUUUCCACAGAUGAGGACGAGUCACCUGGCCGAGAAGACGGCGGCAACCGGGCUGAGGUAACCGGGCUGAGAGUACUCUCUGGUCCCCUACCUGUUACUAUGAGUCUGCUACACAGUGACAGCAGCUUUGAAGCCAGUGGCCAGGAUAGCAGCUGCUGUGCAGCUAUGGCCAGCAGUUGCAGCGCUGGAGCCAAAGAAAAAAGCAUCAACACCAGUGUCAGCAAUGGCACUGGGGGGACACUUUCAAACUCUUUCAUGGAAGAAAUCCAGGGCUAUGAUGUGGAGUUUGACCCUCCGCUGGAAAGUAAAUACGAAUGCCCAAUCUGUCUGAUGGCUCUCCGGGAGGCGGUGCAGACACCAUGCGGACACCGCUUCUGCAAAGCUUGCAUUGUCAAAUCCAUAAGAGAUGCUGGUCAUAAAUGUCCAAUCGACAACGAAAUUUUACUCGAAACUCAACUCUUUCCUGACAACUUUGCAAAACGGGAAAUCCUAUCGCUGAUGGUGAAGUGUCCCAACAAGGGCUGUCAUCAGAAGAUGGAACUCAGGCAUUUAGAGGACCAUGAGCUGCAUUGUGGCUUUGCUCCAGAGAAAUGUCCCCAGUGCCAUGGCAUUUUCCAAAAGAAUCAGAUACAGGAUCAUAUAAAGCAAGAAUGCCCUCGACGACAAACCUCUUGUCCAAACUGUGCUAUGUGGAUGCCUUAUGAAGAAAAAGAGCUUCAUGACCAGAUGUGCCUUUUAGCAAAUGUCUGCUGUGAAUACUGCAAUACAGUGCUAAUCAGAGAACAGCUUCCUAAUCACUACGAUAAUGAUUGCCCAACUGCUCCAGUACCGUGUACAUACAGCCCCUUUGGAUGUCCAGAAAAAAUGCAGAGAAAUGAGUUGGCACGGCAUAUGCAGGAGUUCACCCCAGUCCAUAUGAGAAUGAUGGCUCAGACUCUCCUCAAUAUCACUAAUUUCCAUGGUGCUAUCCCAUAUGACCCGUCACCUUCCUGUGAAUGUAGCCCAGAGGUCCAAAACUUCAAGGAGACGAUUCAACAACUGGAAGGUCGCUUGGUAAGGCAAGAUCACCAGAUCCGAGAACUCAUAGCAAAGAUGGAGACACAAAACAGCCAGAUGGGAGAUCUCAAACGCACUAUCCGAAAUCUGGAGGAAAAAAUUGCAGAAAUGGAAUCACAGCAGUGUAAUGGUAUUUUCCUGUGGAAGAUUGAGAAUUUCAGUGUUUACUUGAGAGCGCAAGAAGAAGAAAGGCCUGUUGUCAUCCACAGCCCAGGCUUCUACACAGGGAGACCUGGCUACAAACUUUGCUUGCGGCUGCAUAUCCAGUCGCCGAAUGCACAGCGCUGUGCCAACUAUAUUUCCCUUUUUGUUCAUACGAUGCAAGGGCACUAUGACAGUCACCUGCCUUGGCCCUUCCAAGGCACCAUACGGCUUUCUAUCCUGGAUCAGUCAGAAGGAUUGUCAAGGCACAACCAUGAGGAAGUGAUGGAUACCAAGCCUGAGCUGCUCGCUUUCCAGCGUCCCAUGGUCGACCGCAACCCAAAAGGCUUUGGAUAUGUGACGUUUAUGCAGUUGCAGACGCUAAAACAAAAAACAUAUAUAAAGGAGGAUACUAUCCUAGUGCGCUGUGAGGUCAUAACACGCUUAGACUUAAACAGUCUCCGAAGGGAGGGUUUUCAGCCUCGUAGUACUGAUGGAACGGCAUAGGCCACCCCGCUUCAGGCUUGAGCUUUUGGUGGUCAACUGUGAUAAGGGCUGCAGAUGAAUAAAGAGAUUCAUCGGAAUGGCAGAUCCUUGAAGCAGAACCAAAACUGCCAUUCUGAGAUGCUUUUCAGAGCAUAGAAAGUGUUUCCUCUUUGAGUUAUUUGUAUUCGAAGUGGUAAAGACGGCACCCUGAUGGUCUAAAUAAGUAAGCUAAAUAACUAUGCUAUGAGUGGUAUGUUAUCAAAAGUUAAUAAAAACUAUGCAGUACCAUUUUUAGGAUAGCAGAGGCUUGGUCAGAUUCCACUUUUUAUUUGAUGGUUGCAAGACCUGUGUUUAAAGCCAUUACUUUGGUGUAUACAUCUCAAAGGAGCUGAAUUAUUUGACUGCCUAACCUGGUAGCUUGCUGAGCCAGCCAAGACUAGAUUUUGAACCAGGACAAUCCUACUAAAUAAGCCUUGGGAGUAUCAUAGCAGAAAGCAAGCACACCUGUAACUUCAUUGAUAUGCUGUAAAUAAGCCUAGGCAGGAAUCUUGGUUCUCUGUUUGCCACGCACCUUUUUGCAAACUCGGUGAGCUUGAGCUGUAAAUUGGUUGUCUUCACUUCAUCACUUCCCUUCCCAUGGAAUUUUGUAUUGAGAAUCCAUCCUCAACAGCUGCUAGUAUGGUGGAAUGUGUAGAAGUUUUUGAUCUAUCAGAAAGCUCAGUGUGGCACUGUCCUAGAGAAGCUUAAUGAUUUCAGUCUGGUUAAAUCACUGAUGAGAUCUUGUUUUGUACUUGAAAAUAUCUUCUUUCUUCUUUGGCGAUCACUCGUAGACAAGUAAGAUUGUCUUCCAUGAACAUGGUCUUAACAGUGAAUCCAUUAGUGACUGUGGAGGCCAAUUCUGGAUCCACAUGUCCUUCCACAGUAGGGACAUUGGUUUCCAGGUGGGAGUUGAUCAUGGUGAGGGUUUGCCAAAUGUGCCUUCCUCUUACCUCGUUUCUCCUUUUUGCUCUGAGUUCAUACUUCUUCAAAGUCCAUGACACCUCUGGUAAAGGCUGUUCUCCACAACUACAAAUCAGCUGAUAAGAUUAGGGUCAAGAGUGUUGUAUCUGAGCCUAAAAUUGAAGAGUGUUAGGGAAGUUUUCUGUCCAUAGUUCUGACCUGUGCAUAGUAAUCAAAAUAGAAUGGGGCAAAGCUGGUGCACAGUCUCCUUGUCGAUGUUAUUUGACCGGUAUAUCCUGUGAAAGUUGUCUUCUGUAAGAAGCCUAUGAACAAAAUUCAUUGGUGCUGAUAGAAAAGGUUGUGGGUAAUUGUAGCACUCUCAACAAUAGGUGUGUGACAUUAACACAGAGAUGUCUAGAAAUGUGCCACUCUGGUCAUAAAUGAGGGAUUCUUUGUAAAGGCAUCGUCAGUAUUGCUCACUCAAGAAUUCAAAGCCCUCUACAAAUGUGUAUAUAGCCAUACUAUGAUAAGAACCUGCUGGUUCAGGCCAGUGGCCCAUGUAGUCCAACUUCCUGUACUCAGUGGCCAAACAGAUGCCCGUGGGAAACACGCAAGCAGGAUUCAAACAUAAGUGCGUUCUCUCUUCCUGUGGUUUCCAGGAACUGAUAUUCAGCAGCAUUGCUGCCUCCAACUGUGGUGUCAGAGCAUAGUUAUUGUGGCUAGUAGCCAUUGAUUGCCCUCUUCUCUUUUAAAGCCACCCAAGUUGGUGACCAUCACUGUGACAGCUUGGUCUUUCAUUGACUCUCAGCCCUAUAAGAAGUGCAUCCUGAAUGAGUAAAAUGUUUUGUUUUUUUAACAGCAAAGAGGGUACUAUGAUUCUAUGAUUCUAUGAUUUACUGUCAAUAGGAAGGCACUGGCAAACUGAGGAUGUGUGUGAGAGAGACAGCAAAGUUCUCAAAAUACUUGUCAGCACUAGGAUUCCUUUGGGAUCGAUAUAAACAUGAUGUCAUGAAAGGAUGCAUUUUAAAGCUUCCUUUAAAUUGAGGUAAACAGUUAAUAUUGGCCCAUUGGCUGGUAUAUCAGAUCCCCUUCGUCUUCUACUUUCUGCUUAACUUAUUUAUUGUAGAAGAGAUGCAUCUUUGGAAACAGAGACCUAUGGAACCUUUUCGAAAAAAAUAAAUUUUUGCCUAUACUGAAGAUUCAAAGAGCCAUCUGAGCACAAACAUAAGUGCCAGUUUAUAAACCAGAUAUUGCUAUGUACUGCCUCUUUGUCUUGUGAAAAGGAAGUGCAGAUUUCCAGAUUUUUAAUAUUUAAAUGUUGCCUUAGUUUGUGUUCCCUGCUUACAACCAGAGUUCAGGUUGGUUGUAGAGGGGUUUUUUUGUAAAUAAAUAACUACCCCUAUAGCUGUAAACCCUAGAUCCUGGGAAUAUAGGAACAAGCCCCUUUGAACUCAGUGGGACUUAAUGCCUUCCUUUUAUUUCAUGUUUGUUUUUAUUGUUAAGUCAGGGAGCAGGACUCUGUCUGUUGUUCAGUGUUUUAUAUGUGCGUUGCUUUGGAGUUCCUUUUAAGAAUUCAUUUGAUGCCCACCAAAGAAGAUGAAGUAGUGUGAAAACUGCCAGUUGUACACAGUGACAUCUACAUGCCUCUGUACUAGUUUCCUUACUAGAGGUGGCAAGUAGGGAAGGCAAAUGCAGAGCUCUGCUUGCGAUCAAUGGCCUUGGUGCUUCUCCAGCAUUGUGGCAGCUCCUUUCUUUGCAAAAGAGACUUGUCCCACAUCAUAAUAUAAGUAGAUAUAUUUGAAAAGGGCAUGUUGCCUUUGAGAACUGAAACAUAUUCAAUUCAGUCACUUUAGUAUGCUUUCUUCUUUGGCGAUCCCUCGUAGCCGAGUAAGAUUGUCUUCCAUGAACACAGUCUUAACAAUGAAUCCGUAAGUGACUGUGGAGGCCAAUUCUGGAUCCGCUCGUCCUUCCACAGGGGGGGACAUUGGUUUCCGGGUGGGAGUUGACCACGGUGAGCAUUUACCAAACAUGCCUUCCUCUUAGCACAUUUCUCCCUUUUGUCCUGAGUUUGAGCACACAUGAUGGCUACUUCCUACAUUUUUGGUGGGGUACAAGUGCUUAAGGGUUUGGAAAGAGGCUUUAUAUACUGCUGAGGGUUUGGGUUUUGUUUUACCUGAUGAGAUAUUGGAGCAACCAGUUGGGGACAGGCACACAUUCCAUGAAACACUGGCAGGUGGAGCCUUUUCCAUUGAGAGAUGGUUUCUUUUUGCCGUAACUGGCCUAACAGUGAUAUAAUACAACAGAUAUGAGUUACGGGUGAUAAGGAUGCACUAAAAUAUUAUCAAAUAGUGUCAAUUCUACUAGUUUCUCAGAAGAAUACUUAAUAUAUUUUGUAACUCAUGCAGAAGCCUGUAUAUAGUAUUAAUAAACUAAUAAAGCCAUUAUACUGUUCACUUUGCAUUUUACUAGGCUAUUGUUUGCCAUAAUCAUACAAAGACAAGGACCUGACUAUAAAAAAGCUCAGAAAUAUCGCUGAGUUUGCCGUGCUUCAAGAACUUGUAUUUUGGCCUGAUUUAGUAGCCCACCAUCUCAACAGGGAAGGAAAGUGUUUAGUGAUAGCUAAUAGCAGGCAACUUGUGUCAUUCUAGUGCAGACAGCUCUGGUCUGGCGCCCUUAGAUCUACAACUACAACAGAGACUACAACUCUCCUCAGCCCCAGCCACCAUGGCCUGUGGUCAGGGAUGAUAAGAGUUACAACCAAAAACAUUUGGAGGGGGACCACAUUUGUGGAAGGUUGUUGCAGAGGUUGAAUGGCCAUCUGCCAUGGAUGCUUUAGUUGAGAUUCCUGCAUUGCAGGGGGUUGCACUAGAUGACCCUUGGGGACCUCUUCGAACUAUGAUUCUUUUAGUUUGGCUUUUUACAAUGUUUAAUGGGCUAAAAAAAAUUCAUUUUUUCCAGUAUACUUGUUAAAAGCUUUGUUAUAAUGGGUGUGAUGUUAAUGUCAUUUUCUUUGGAUAGUUCUCCUAUGGCAGUUUUUAAAAGAUGACAUCUUUUUGACUUCCCCGUUUGCAUCCUGCUUUGAAACAAUGGAAUCCUAGAGAAACUGGGGCAUUUCCUGCUUUCUUCCAGUAAGGUGCACGGUGGGUACAAGCUACACUUCAGUGUCUUGUCACUUAAAACCAAAAUGCAAUACAACCAAUUUGUAUUAGUAGAGUGGCUAACACUAACACAGAGAUGUGAAAAUCUCUGGGUCAGAUUUUAAGUCAGACGCACAGUGCAAUCUAUGCAUGUUUAUUUUGUGAGAAAACCAUGGCCAAUAAACAAUGUAACUGUGCAGAGAAAGAGACUUAAAACACCUGUUUCCGUUUAAGUCCAUGUAAAGAUUAGAGAACAGUGUGAUAUUAAUUAUCUAGGCUUAGACGGUUUAUAUUCCAUGCCGGGGGGGGGGGGGGGGUUAAGAAUCUGAGUUUGCUUUUGCAACAGCAUAUGAAUCUCUCUGGCUUUAGCAAUUAAAUUAGUUCACUCCUUAAUUCAUGUAAACUCCUUAUAUCAUAAGUGACAUGAGUCAGAGCCUGGUAGGCAAAGACCCAGCAGGUGCAUUUGAGUAUUACAUUAGAAGCUGGGAAAAUAAACAGCCUUGCAAAUUAAUCCACAAACCUGUUAGCUCAUGCGCCUUUCUGUACCUGCAGUCAAGAGUGGCACAGCAGCUUUUCUCGUUCCUCAGUCUGCCAUUGAGGCAUGCACAUGCGCUUAAAAAUCAUAGAAUCAUAGAGUUGGAAGAGACCACAAGGGCCAUCCAGUCCAACCCCCUGCCAAGCAGGAAACACCAUCAAAGCAUUCUUGACAUAUGCCUGUCAAGCCUCUGCUUAAAGACCUCCAAAGAAGGAGACUCCACCACACUCCUUGGUAGCAAAUUCCACUGCCGAACAGCUCUUACUAAUG